AUGGUAGAUCUUUGCGAAGAAUUUAGGACUCGCAAUGUUGUUGGACUGGAUAUCGCGGGUGACGAGAGUAUGGGUGAGAUCCCGGCAAUUAAAGAACAUAUUAUGGCUUUUCAGGUGAGCUGGCUCAAAAGUUAGAAAUUGAAUAAUGGCUUGGACACUCUUUAGGUUGCAUUCUAAAAUAAUGUGCAGUAGUUGAAUUUGCUUUUCGAUCACAUUCUGCAUAUUCUGCAUUACAAAAGUGCAACCUACAGUUCAGUAAGUUAACCUUCAGUUGUUACAAUAAACAAAUAUUUUUUCCACAGAGAGCACAAGAACUUGGCAUCCCAAGAACAGUUCAUGCUGGCGAGGCUGGUCCUGCAGCCAGUGUACAUGAAGUAAGCAAAAGACACUGUUCUACAGCAACCAAUUUAGUUGAUAUCAUAAGUUAGUGUGUUAUAAUAACAUACCAAAAUCCAGUAUGGUGAUAAGCAUGUCAUAUACUGUACAGUCAUACAUACCAAAAUCCAGUGUGCCCAUGAGCGUGCAUGCUCAUAUACUGUAUACUAUAAUCCAAUAUGGUCAUAAGCAUGCUCAUAUACUCUAUACCAUAAUCCAAUAUACUCAGCAAGCUUUUACAUUCAUUUAAACCAGACUUUUUCUCUUUUCUAGGCGAUCUUUCUAUUACACGCCAAUCGUAUUGGUCAUGGCUAUCACGUUUUACAAGAUCCCGAGUUGUAUAAACUAGUGAUUGAGAAGCAAAUUCAUUUAGAA